UUCUGACCUAUACCCAUGUGAGGCACCAAUAAUACUGGGUGGGCAUUUCAGCAGGGAUCUGCUGUCUCUCCCCUGCCCUAUUCUUGGCUUUCCCCACUCCUGUUUUGCUCUCCUUCGCCAUCAUCCCUAGACCUUUUCUGCAAUGCUUCGAAAUGGGCAACUCUGAAGUUCCAACCACCUUUUUAUGUCAACUUUUAUUUCCAGCUUUUUCUCAAUAAAUUCAACCUGUGGAUUAUAUGGGUAAAGAAUAAGGGGCACUACCUUCAUUGAUAAGGUCGCAAUUUCCUUAAUCAGUGGAUUCCAAUUGGAUUUGAAAGACAUUGCUAACCUCUUGUAUAAAAGCUUUCCAAACGACAUACUUGAAAUUCAGUUUUCACAUCAACAUGCCUGAAGCAGCCCCUGAAGGUGCAGCUGUGGAGUCCAUCUCAGCUGCUGUAGCCGAUGGGCUGAAUGGGAAUGUGGUGCCCCCAUCACCCCCUCCUAAGGCCCAAGGGUUUGGAAUGCUCAAGAAACUGACCUUUUCUGUAGAGUUAGUGGUGACUAUCAGCCUUCUCCUCUCCUGGAUUACUGCAGGCUUCAUGAUGUUUGACGUUGUAGAAUAUAAAGGGGUCACUGACAUUCAAGACGUAGUUUUGGAUCCCAUGAAAGCUGUUAAUGAUGCUGUAGAGGGAAUGUCCAACAUGUUCUAUGAGGCGCAAGAAUGUGCAUUUGCUCCUCAUUUGAGUCUGGACCCCAUGAAUGCUGUCAAAGAUGUGAAAGAUUUAUUUGUGGACUACCUCUCUGAUGAUGACGGAAACUUUUACCUGAGCUACGUUGACCCGGUGAUUAUUGGCAGAGGUCUGUUUAAUGUCACCAAUAACUCUAUAUGUGGAGUCGUGGGUUACAUACAAGGCACACUCUGUGUUCUGUUGGAUGCCAUAUUGGAUAUCCUGCAAGACCUUCUCCAUGCAGUGAGCAUCAAUGCCGUAGAAGUAGUGCAUGUUAUCACUGACUGUACAAGUUCUACUGGAACUUACAUAUGGGACCUGCUGCCAGGUAUCCCUCAAGAAGUGAACGUCGAUCCCAUUCUGGUUCUCAGAAGAAUGUUUGGGAUUGUCAUUGAGCAGAAGAACAUGCUUGUGGACUAUGUCUCCAACUUGCUGAUAGGCGAUCAAGGGGUCAUUCCUGGGAUUAACUUUGAACCUAUGAAAGUGGUCACAGAUGCAGUGCUUGAGAUUGCAGAUGGGAAAAACAUGUUCAUGGAUUAUCUGUCCAACAUGCUUAUGGAUGAUAAAGAUGAACAUAGUACUACACCAGCAUCUGUGAUGCAUGUGAUAAGGAAGAAAGGAGAGUUUUUGCCACCCCUGGAAAAAGUUGCAGAAUUGAUGGGCACUACAAAGGACGCUGCCCCUGUACCUGAAAUAAGCGUCACUCCAGUUGUGGGGGAGAAGGAUGAUGAUGUCAAAGAGGCUGAAGAAGAGCAAGGAGACAAGGACAGUACAGAUGACAGUUCAGAGGGGGCAAAGAAAUACACCACCCAAAAAAAUUUGUGGAUCCAAAAACAGAUGCUUAGAAACGUGGGAUCUAAGGCCCAUCUAAGAGCUGGAGAGGUACUUCCUAAGGAUAUGGAUGAAGACCAACAAGAUUGUGAUGUUGAAGAACUUGACCAUGAACAAAGAAUGGAUGAUGAAGAAAUCAUGGAUGUUGGCAAGGAGGGUGGAAAAGAAGAGGAGGUGAAAGAGGAGAAGGAUCAUCACUUAGAGUUAGAUGAGGAGGUGGAGGAGGAGGAGAAGGAUGACACCCAUGAGGUUGACGUCAAAGAUCAAGGUGUUCAAUAUGAAGGCAUUUACAACGAAAAUAGUUCAGAGGCGGCCAUGACAUACACCACCAAAAGAAAUGUGCGUAUCCAAAAACAGAUGCUUAGAAAAGUGGGAUCUAGGGCCAAUAUUGAAGUUGGUGAUGAACAUCUUGAAGAUGAUGGAGAGGAGGAGGCAGAGGAAGACAUUGAUGAGUAUAAACAUGAUGAUCACAGUGACCUUGACAUUAAAGAUCAAGUUGUCGGUGAAGAUGAUCAUGAAGAAGAUGAAGCUGAUGAUGACAUUCAUGACACAGAUGACCUUGAUGUCAAAGAUCAAGAGGUUGAAGAUGGAGAAGACAUUGACGAUGAGGACAGUUCAGAGGGGACCAAGACAUACACCACCAAAAGAAAUGUGCGGAUCCAAAAACAGAUGCUUAAAAAAGUGGGAUCUAGGGCCGAUAUUGAAGUUGGUGAUGAACAUCUUGAAGAUGAUGGAGAGGAGGAGGCAGAGGAAGACAUUGAUGAGUAUAAACAUGAUGAUCACAGUGACCUUGACAUUAAAGAUCAUGUUGUCGGUGAAGAUGAUCAUGAAGAAGAUGAAGCUGAUGAUGACAUUCAUUACACAGAUGACCUUGAUGUCAAAGAUCAAGAGGUUGAAGAUGGAGAAGACAUUGACGAUGAGGAUAGUUCAGAGGGGACCAAGACAUACACCACCCAAAACAAUGUGUGGAUCCAAAAACAGAUGGUCAGAAAAGUGGGAUCUAGGGCCCAUCUAAGAGCUGGGGAGGUACUUCCUGAGGAUAUGGAUGAAAACCAACAAGAUGGAGAUGUUGAAGCACUUGACCAUGAACAAACGAUGGAUGGUGAGGUAGUCUUUGUUGAUGGCGGCGAGGAGGAGGGGAAAGAAGAGAAGAUGGAGAAAGAGGAGAAGGAUCAUCACUUAGAGAUAGAUGAGGAGGAGGGCGAUACCCAUGACGUUGAUGUCAAAGAUCAAGAUGUUGAAGAUGGAGAAGACAUUGACAAUGAAGACAGUUCAGAGGGAGCCAAGACAUACACCCCCAAAAUAAAUGUGCGGAUCCAAAAACAAAUGCUUAGAAAAGUGGGAUCUAGGGUCAGUAUUGAACUUGGUGAUGAAGAUCAUGAAGAUGAUGUAAAAGAUGAGGAAGAGGAAGAAAAAGAGGAGUUGAAACAGUCAAUUGAUGAAGAUGAAUAUAUUGAUGUCAGUAGAGCUGAGAAGCUUGAUGUUCUUGAUGUAGUGGCUGACAUUGAAGAUAAGAAAAAAGAAAUGGCCCAACUUCCUGAAACUGAUGAGGAUUACUCUGAAAUCAUUGAUGAUGAUGAUGAUGAUGAUGAUGAUGAAAACAACAACAACAGUGAGAGCAAGAAAGCUGGUGUCAAAAGGAAGAUAAAUGUUCCAAUUUCCUUUGAGAGGGUUAAAAGACUGGGAUCGUGGUCCCACCUUAAAGAUGACGGGGAACCCAAGGAUAAAGAUCACCAAGACAAAGACAUUCAACAUGCCAAAGUUCUCAGAGAUUCCAAGGAGAGGCAAGCAAGAGAAGAAGUAGUAGAAGAGGUAGAAGUGGUCCUUAAAGCGAUGAGGGACGCACAAUCCAUGAAAGAGGUAGAUAAUGAGAAAUUGGAGGACGAGAUGGAAAAGAAAGAGGAGCAGGCUGUGAAGAAAGCAAAACCUGAGGCAAUGCCCAGUAUGAAGAAAGCAGAGAAGACAGGACCCAAAGAAAAACCCAUAAAGAAGCCUACCAGAGAGGAGAAAGAGACGAAAAAUGAGACUAAACAUUUGAAGAAGAAAGUCAUUCAUGACUUUUUCAACAAGACCGUUGUGGUGGAACCCAAAAAGAAGGUGUACAAAAACGUGAAGGAGACAAAGAAGGAUGUUGAGUCAACUCUUUGGAAAUCUGACGAUGAAUCCAAGAAGCCUGUCAAGGUGGUGAAGGCACAAGAAAAAGUGGUUGUGUCCACCAUGAAAAAAGAACAUCUUGAUGUUAAUAAAGCAGAGAAAAAGAAAUAUGUCAAACUACCAGACAAAAAAGUAAAGGUAAAAAAAACAGAACCUGAGGAUCUAAAGGAGGAGGCUAAGCCGGUGACUGUUAAGAAAGAAGCUGAGGUUGCUAAGGAGAAGGUCCAAACAGCUCCUGUAAAGCAAGAAGCUGAAGUUCCCAAAGAAAAAGUCAAAGCAGUUACAUCAAAGAAAGAGCCCAAGGAAGCUAAGGAGCAAGCCAAACCAGAACCUGCAAUAAAAGAUGCUGAAGCAAAAGAAAAGGCCAAAUCAGCCCCUGUAAAGAAAGAAGCUGAAGUUCCCCAAGAAAAAGCCAAAGCAGCUUCAUCAAAGAAAGAUGCUGAAGCAAAAAAACUGCCCAAACUAGCUCCAGCAAAGAAAGAUGCUGCAGUUAAUAAAGAAAAGGUGAAAUCAGCCCCUGCAAAGAAAGAUGCUGCAGUUAUUAAAGAAAAUGUGAAAUCAGCCCCUGCAAAGAAAGAAGCUGAAAUUCCCAAAGAAAAAGCCAAAGCAGCUUCAUCAAAGAAAGAGCCCAGGGAAUCUAAGGAACAAGCCAAACCAGAACCUGCAAAAAAGGAUGCUGCAGUUAUUAAAGAAAAUGUGAAAUCAGCCCCUGUAAAGAAAGAAGCUGAAAUUCCCAAAGAAAAAGCCAAAGCAGCUUCAUCAAAGAAAGAGCCCAGGGAAUCUAAGGAACAAGCCAAACCAGAACCUGCAAAAAAGGAUGCUGCAGUUAUUAAAGAAAAUGUGAAAUCAGCCCCUGCAAAGAAAGAAGCUGAAAUUCCCAAAGAAAAAGCCAAAGCAGCUUCAUCAAAGAAAGAGCCCAGGGAAUCUAAGGAACAAGCCAAACCAGAACCUGCAAAAAAGGAUCCUGAAGCAAAAGAAAAGGCAAAAUUAGCUCCAAAAAAUAAAGAAGCUGAAGUUUCCAAAGAAAGAGCCAAACCAACUCCUGCAAAUGAAGAAGCUGAAGUUCCCAAAGAAAAAGCCAAAGAAGCUUCAUCAAAGAAAGAGCCCAAGGAAACUAAGGAACAAGCCAAACUUGCAAAAAAAGAAGCUGAAGUUCCCAAAGAAAAAACCAAAGCAGCUACAUCAAAGAAAGAUGCUGAGGUUGUUAAAGAAAAGACUAGACCAGUUCCUGCGAAGAAAGUGAAAACUGUAAAAGACAAGGCAAAACCAGUCCUACCUAAGAAAGAGGCUGAAGUUGCCAAAGAAAAGUCCAAACCUGCACCUGCAAAGAAAGAAUCUGACAUUUCUAAAGAAAAGACCAGAUCAGUCAUCAUAAAGGAAGAAUUUGAGGUCCUUCAUAGAAAUGCUUCUAUAACCAAGGAAAGAGUAAAAGUUGUGCCUAUGAAGAAAGAUCUUUCCAUGGCCAAAGAGAAAGCCAAAGCGAGCCCUGCAAAGAAAGAACCUGAGGCUCCAAAAGAGAAGGCUAAACCAAAGCCUAUAAAGAAAGAAGCUGAAGUUCCUAAAGAAAAAGCCACAGCAGCUUCAUCAAAGAACGAGCCCAAGGAAACUAAGGAACAAGCCAAACCAGAACCUGCAAAAAAGGAAGCUGAAGUUCCCAAAGAAAAAACCAAAGCAGCUACAUCAAAGACAGAUGCUGAAGCAAAAGAAAAGGCCAAAUUAGCUCCAGAAAAGAAAGAAGCUGAAGUUUCCAAAGAAAAAGCCAAACCAACUCCUGCAAAUGAAGAUGCUGCAGUUAUUAAAGAAAAGGUGAAACCAGCCCGUGCAAAGAAAGAAGCUGAAGUUCCUAAAGAAAAAGCCAAAGCAGCUUCAUCAAAGAAUGAGUCCAAGGAAACUAAGGAACAAGCCAAACCAGAACCUGCAAAAAAGGAUGCUGAAGCAAAAGAAAAGGCCAAAAUAGCUCCAGAAAAGAAAGAAGCUGAAGUUUCCAAAGAAAAAGCCAAACCAACUCCUGCAAAUGAAGAUGCUGCAGUUAUUAAAGAAAAGGUGAAAUCAGCCCGUGCAAAGAAAGAAUCUGAAAUUCCCAAAGAAAAAGCCAAAGAAGCUUCAUCAAAGAAAGAGUCCAAGGAAACUAAGGAACAAGCCAAACCAGAACCUGCAAAAAAGGUGAUUGUUUUAGAAGCUGAAGUUCCCAAAGAAAAAACCAAAGCAGCUACGUCAAAGAAAGAUGCUGAAGCAAAAGAAAAGGCCAAAAUAGCUCCAGAAAAGAAAGAAGCUGAAGUUUCCAAAGAAAAAGCCAAACCAACUCCUGCAAAUGAAGAUGCUGCAGUUAUUAAAGAAAAGGUGAAAUCAGCCCGUGCAAAGAAAGAAUCUGAAAUUCCCAAAGAAAAAGCCAAAGAAGCUUCAUCAAAGAAAGAGUCCAAGGAAACUAAGGAACAAGCCAAACCAGAACCUGCAAAAAAGGUGAUUGUUUUAGAAGCUGAAGUUCCCAAAGAAAAAACCAAAGCAGCUACGUCAAAGAAAGAUGCUGAAGCAAAAGAAAAGGCCAAAAUAGCUCCAGAAAAGAAAGAAGCUGAAGUUUCCAAAGAAAAAGCCAAACCAACUCCUGCAAAUGAAGAUGCUGCAGUUAUUAAAGAAAAGGUGAAAUCAGCCCGUGCAAAGAAAGAAUCUGAAAUUCCCAAAGAAAAAGCCAAAGAAGCUUCAUCAAAGAAAGAGCCCAAGGAAACUAAGGAACAAGCCAAACCAGAACCUGCAAAAAAAAAUGCUGAAGCAAAAGAAAAGGCCAAAUUAGCUCCAGAAAAGAAAGAAGCUGAAGUUUCCAAAGAAAAAGUCAAACCAGCUCCUGCAAAUGAAGAUGCUGCAGUUAUCAAAGAAAAGGUUCAAUCAGCCCCUGCAAAGAAAGUAUUUGACAUAGAUGCUGAGGUUGUUAAAGAAAAGACUAGACCAGUUCCUGUGAAGAAAGUGAAAACUGUAAAAGACAAGGCAAAACCAGUACCUGCUAAGAAAGAGGCUGAAGUUGCCAAAGAAAAGUCCAAACCUGCACCUGCAAAGAAAGAAUUUGAGGUCAUUCAUAGAAAUGCUUCUAUAACCAAGGAAAGAGUAAAAGUUGUGCCUAUGAAGAAAGAUCUUUCCAUGGCCAAAGAGAAAGCCAAAGCGAGCCCUGCAAAGAAAGAACCUGAGGCUGCAAAUGAGAAGGCUAAACCAAUGCCUAUAAAGAAAGAACCUGUGGUUCCAAAAGAAGAUAAUUUCAAGUCAACACCAGUAAAGAAAGAACCUGUUGCACUACCGGGGAAAGCACGGCCAAACACUGGAAUCAAAGAACCUGAAGUCAGUCACAGAAAUCACAGUCACAUAAAUGCCUCUCUUACCAAGGAGAGAGUUAAAGUUGUACUUGUGAAGAAAGACCUUGCAAUACACAACGAUAAGGCAAAACCAAGCCUUGUUAAGAAAGAGUCUGAAGCUUAUAAAUGGAAAGCCAAAGUAGCAGCGCCUGAGAAAGAACCUGAGGCUCCCAACAAGAAGGCCAAACCAGCAUCUCAUAAGAAAGAGCCUGAGGCUCCCAAAGAGAAGGCCAAGCCAGCGGCUCCUACAAAAGAACCUGAUGUAAGUCAUAGAACUGCUUCUAUUACAAAGGAGAGAGAAUCAGAGGCUCGCAGAGAGAAGACCAAACCAGUGGCUCCUACAAAAGAGUCUGAAGCUUAUAAAGGGAAAGCCAAAGUAGCAGCGCCUGAGAAAGAACCUGAGGCUCCCAAGAAGAAGGCCAAACCAGCAUCUCAUAAGAAAGAGCCUGAGGCUCCCAAAGAGAAGGCCAAGCCAGCGGCUCCUACAAAAGAAUCAGAGGCUCGCAAAGAGAAGACCAAACCAGUGGCUCCUACAAAAGAGCCUGAAGCACCAAAAGAAAAGACCAAACAAACAGCUGUAAAGAAAGAACAUGAGUCUCCAAAAGAGAGGGCUAAACCAGCACCUGAAAAAAAUGAGCCUGAGGCUCCAAACGAGAAGGCCAAACCACUACCUGUGAAAAAAGCAGAUACUCCCAAAGAAAAGGCUCCCAAAUCAGUCCCUGUCAUGAAAGAACCUGAAUCUCCAAAAGAGGCUAAGGCAACCCCUGCCAGGAAAGAAAAAUCUGUUGAGAAGAAGCCUGCCAAAGAAGAGAAAGCAAAGGCAGAGCAUGUUAUAACAGACGCCUUCGUCACAGAAGAUGAGAUGCCCUACUUCCAGUGCUUUUUUGUGGAUGAAGAUGAGGCCCAGUAUCCCUUCUACCCUUUCUCACCACUCCAGAUGUGAGAGCCCUGCCCAGUGCAGAGGACAGAGUCUAGAAAGCCAUGGGACGAGUUGGGUGACACCUUUAGUGUGGAGUCAAUAAUAAAACACUAAUAAAACCAAGCCAUGCAAUCCACUACUGCCAUGUUGCAGCCUAGCGUCCAGAGCUGGUCUUCAACAGAAACCUAGGACAGCGAAGCACUUUGAAUGACAGAAAGUUAUUUAUUUUUCCUGAAUUGGUUGAGCUCUCAUGGAUAGCCAACAUCAUUCCUUUCCAAAUGUGUUUGUAUUGUAUUUUGUUUUUGAUAGCUGAUGUGGCAUGAGUUGAUCAAUAUCAGCAUAUCAGUAUUUUUAAUGGAACAAUGCAAACUGUGUUUUCAUCUGUUGCUGCAGGUUUGCCUUUUUUAGGGCCUUGCUAAUACUUUUUUUGCUUGAUUCAAUUUCCGCUUUGAUAGUUGUCCGUUGCAGGGCAUAUUUAAACAAAUUGGAACACA